AUGGACAAUGGAUGGUUUGCAAGUGGUUACUUCGUCAUGGAGCAGUUGGAGGUCAGCACAUUUCCCCGCCUAUCCUAUUGCCCACUUUGGGAGAUGACCGGGGCCCAACCUGGCCUCGACAAUUUCGGCAAAUCCGGUGAGGAGCACAGGGUACAUCGCGCGUCAGUUCCAGCUCAAGCAGCGAAAAGGCUCCGUUCUCAUUUUCUCGAAUGUUAUUCCGGUGAAACGGCCGUCUUCGUCCGAACUGGAGGGAAGUUUGAGUCCAAGGCAGGCUACACUGUCGACAGGAGUCUGUUUGUCCAUCACUACCUUGGCUUCAAAGGGCUUGGAGGGGGCGGUCGAAUGGAGUCGAGUGUGACUUUGCCAACGGCCCAUGCCAAGGCAAGUCAAGGUCGGCCGAUGCCGGUGGUUGCGACUGAGCAACGCAGCGAGAACGUCCACAAAGCUGCUGCCGUUGUCGCGUUCAUCUACGCGGCCAUGGUGGGUGUGGAUUUCGUGCCCAGGGUGUGGAAAGUUAGUCGAGAGGACUGGGAAACCGUCUGUCAGCUCUCACAGUCCCAGCUCAGGCCAAUGUCCUUGAAGCGACUCGGGGAAGACAAUUACCGCAAUGUGGUGACGAUGGCAGUGCGUGGUCUGAUACAUACUGGCAAGCCCCUAGAUGGUCCGGUGCUCGAUGCUCUGCGCAAAGGCAUGGAAACCUUAGACUACCCCGAGGAGCGAAUCGCGGAGCUGAUCCACGGCGUCCCGGCCGACAAGGCUGAGGACAUAAGGAAGCUUUGGAGCAAAAAUGCAUGA